AUGGCAAAGACACUUAAGCUUGGACAGCGCCUCCGCUACCCGAUAACGAUUUCCAAGAUCUUCAAGAAGCCUGGCGACGCUGUCGUUAAGAAGGAACCGAUCCUGCAGUACACCUUCAAAUUUGAACGCAAGAUUGGGGACCCGGCCCUCAAUGAAGAACGCACCAUUCUAGAGAACGGCAUCGCUGACUGGGACAGCCCUACCGAGGGCAGGAUCAAACAAUGGCGCGUCAAGGAAGGUGACGUUAUAACCAAAGAUCAAGACUUCGUCGUUGUCGAGGAAACCUGUAGCCACGAAAUUCAAUAUGCCGGCCUCUGCGCUCUCUGUGGUAGGGACAUGAAAGAACAGGAUUGGGCUACUGAAUCUCUUGACACCGAGCGAGCUACUGUCUCUAUGGUCCACGACAACGUAGCUCUAACUGUUAGUCAUAACCAAGCAGAACGAGCUGAAAUGCAGCUCCAGCGACGGCUUCUCAAAGAACGUAAGCUCAGCCUCGUCGUCGAUCUUGACCAGACCAUAAUUCAUGCCUGCAUCGAACCUACUAUUGGCGAGUGGCAGCAAGAUCCCGCCAACCCCAACUAUGAGUCCGUCAAGGAUGUGCGCAGCUUCCAGCUUGACGACGGCCCUCGCGGAUUGGCGAGUGGGUGCUGGUACUACAUCAAAAUGCGACCUGGCCUGUUGGAAUUCCUAGAAAGGAUGGCCGAGAGAUUUGAGCUUCAUGUAUACACGAUGGGUACGCGGGCUUAUGCUCUAAACAUAGCUAAGAUAGUCGACCCUACACAAAAGUUAUUCGGGAACAGAGUCAUCAGCCGCGACGAAAAUGGUAGCAUGACCGCCAAAAGUCUGCAGCGUCUAUUUCCUGUAAGCACCAACAUGGUCGUCGUGAUCGAUGACCGCGCCGAUGUGUGGCCUCACAACCGACCCAAUCUCAUCAAAGUGACACCCUAUGACUUCUUUAAAGGCAUCGGCGAUAUCAACUCCAGCUUUUUACCGAAGCGUGAAGAUAUUAUUACAGCAACUCCGGUUCCAGACCCGAAACCUUCAAUACUAAAUGGAAACGCAGCAUCCGGUUCGCCAGAAAAGGUGGUGGCCAGAGCAGAUGAAGAAAACGCUCUUCUACAAUUGCAAACAGAGGAACAGGAGCGGACCCUAGAAAAGCAACUGAAGGACCGGCCACUUCUACAUCUACAAGAAGAGUUAGAUCGGGAAGAUGAGCAAGCUGAAAAAUUGUCUAAUAAAGAUGGCGAUACCCAGGAAGUCGAGACCAACGGAAAUUCGGAAACGCCUAGCCAUCACCAAAGACAUAAUAUUCUCCGCGACGAUGACGAGGAACUAAUCUACCUUGAGGAUCACUUAACCGAACUGCACCGGUCUUUUUAUGAGCAGUACGACGCCCGUGUCGCUACGCGCAAUACUGAGGAUAUAACUUCGAGCAUUGUACCCGAUGUUGGUCUUACCCUAAACUAUUUAAAGUCUCAAAUACUUCGGGGUACGAGGAUUGUGUUGUCUGGGCUUGUUCCACUAGGCGUAGACGUGCGAAAAUCGGAAAUCGGCAUGCAUGCUCAAGAUUUUGGCGCUGAGAUCCGUACACGGGUCGGCCCCGACGUGACUCAUCUUGUUAUCAGCAGUUCACGACCGAGAACUCAGAAAGUUCGCCAGGCAGCCCGCAUUCCUUCUAUCAAGAUUGUGAAUCAAAAUUGGCUAGCGGAUUCAUUAGCACAGUGGCGAAAGCUCGAUGCCACACCCUAUUUGAUCGAGAUCCAUCCAUCAGACCGCUCUUCCCAAGGGACGCUGGUGACAUCAAGCUCACCAACUAGGCCAAGGAUCACUAUUGUACAGACCGGGCAUCGAGACCUGGAGCGAAGUCAGAAUGAAGAAGCCGAGGAUGGCGAUGCAGAUGACUCAGCAGAGGAAGACGAGAUUGAUGGAGAUGACGAUGACGAUCUUGACAGGUUCGAUAUUAUGCCAAGGGAUCUAGAAGACGGCGAAGGUAGUCCAGUCGAUGGCAUAAAUCAGACAGGCUGGGAUGAUAUGGAUAAAGAGCUCCAAGAGUUUAUGGGAUCGGAUGCCGAGUCUGAUCUCGAGAGUACGAUGACAGAUCAGAGUAGAGAUACGGAUACAGAUGAACCCAAAAAUAAGAAACGGAAACUAGGAGAAGCGGACGAAGAUGGCAACUUCGAUGAAUCUCCUGGGAGCGUUUUAUCGAAGAAACAACGUAUCGCUAGAGCUCGGACAACCGCCUUGCGAAAUGUAAAGAACAUUGGAGAUGAAGACGCCGAGGGUAGUGGGCUACCGACACCCAUGGGAACGGGAGAUGAGGAGGAUGUGGUAGUCGAGGCUGCUAGUGAUGAGGAUGGUGACAGAGCCAGCAAUGGUGUUAAUGAAGAUGGCGAUGGUGAAUUUGCUGAUCUCGAAGCAGAGUUAGAGGCUGAACUCGAAGCUGAGGGCCAGGGCUAG